GGCAGGACAGGCAGACGCGAGAGGAUAUAGGUUCGGUUCUAGAGGUACCACGGCAUUCCCCGAGGCAGGCGGACGUUGCGACUUGCGGUCUGUGCAGACUUUUGCGCGGCCCGGACUCCCGCUCACAACAGCCUGGAGGGAAAACGCUGGCCUCCGGGAUGCGCCUGAACGCCAGAGGAUAACAGUUUAGAGGGCCAAGAUGUUGUCCAACUUGAGGAUAUUUGCAGUGAAUCAUAAGAAAAUAUCCAGCUUGCACGUUUGUAAUAUGUAUUGCUCUAGAAUGAGAGCAAGUUUAAAACGAAUAAAGCCACUUGUGCCUCUUGGAAGAAGUUACAGUUCCCUGCCAGGUUUAAUAGGAAAUGAUAUCAAAUCUCUUCGUUCCAUCAUCAGUCCUCCUAUAGCUAAAAUCCGUAAUAUUGGAAUUAUGGCUCAUAUUGAUGCAGGCAAAACUACCACCACAGAAAGAAUAUUGUACUAUUCUGGAUACACAAGAUCACUGGGAGAUGUCGAUGACGGAGACACAGUGACAGAUUUCAUGGCUCAAGAGCGAGAAAGAGGCAUUACUAUUCAAUCAGCUGCUGUUACGUUUGAUUGGAAGGGGUACAGAGUCAAUCUAAUUGAUACACCAGGUCAUGUGGACUUUACCUUGGAGGUUGAGCGCUGCCUGAGGGUGCUGGAUGGUGCAGUGGCUGUGUUUGAUGCCUCAGCCGGUGUAGAGGUAAAAAGUAUGCCAUGUUUUAAUUAUGCAGUUGAAAGCAUCAGAGAGAAGUUGAAGGCAAAACCUUUGCUUUUACAGUUACCAAUUGGUGAAGCCAAAACUUUCAAAGGAGUGGUGGAUGUAGUAAAUAAAGAAAAACUUCUCUGGAAUCCCAAUUCAGAUGAUGGAAAAGACUUUGAGAGAAAACCCCUCUUGGAAAAGAGUGAUCCUAAAUUGCUGAAGGAGGCUACUGAAGCAAGGAAUGCCUUAAUUGAACAAGUUGCAGAUUUGGAUGAUGAAUUUGCUGAGUUGGUUUUAGGAGAAUUUAGUGAAAAUUUUGAUUUGCUCCCAGCUGAAAAGCUACAGACUGCAAUACACAGAGUAACACUUGCUCAGACAGCAGUACCUGUGCUUUGUGGAAGUGCCCUGAAAAACAAAGGGGUCCAGCCCUUGUUAGAUGCUAUUACUAUGUACUUGCCUUCACCUGAAGAGCGCAACUAUGAAUUUCUGGAGAGAAUAAGUCGUCUGCUUUUGCCAUUUGCUGACCAACAUGUAGAAAUCCCUUCACUGACUGCUGGUAACAUUGCUUUGACUGUUGGACUUAAACAUACGGCCACUGGAGAUACCAUUGUCUCAUCCAAGUCCAACGCACUAGCUGCAACUCGUCGAGCUGAAAGGGAGGGAGAAAAGAAGCAGAGACACAACAGUGAAACGGAGAGACUUUUAUUGGCUGGGGUGGAGAUUCCAGAACCUGUUUUCUUCUGUACCAUAGAACCCCCUUCGGUAGCUAAGCAGCCAGAUUUGGAUCAUGCAUUGAAAUGCCUUCAACGUGAAGAUCCCAGUUUAAAAGUGAGGCUUGAUCCUGACUCUGGACAGGUAGGCAUAUUGUUACUUAAUCCGAUAUCUGUCAGUAACUUUUCCCAGUUGUGGCACCUUGACACCUUUUCAGAACAAAUCUCUGUAUAUUCGUUUACAGAUACCUUAGAUAGAACUUUAGGAGAUAAACGGCACCUUGUGACUGUUGAACUGGAAGCAAAGCCAACUGAAACAUCAUCUGUUGUGCCAGCUAUCGAGUAUGCUGCAAGUAUUAGUGAAGACAUUUUGAAGGGCUCCCAAGAGGCCAUUGAAAAUGGAAUUCACAGUGCAUGCCUCCAAGGACCAUUGCUUGGAUCCCCAAUUCAAGAUGUGGCAGUUACUUUACAUUCACUGAUGAUUCAUCCUGGUACCUCCUCAACUAUGAUUUCUGCCUGUGUCUCAAGAUGUGUACAGAAGGCUCUGAAGACCGCUGAUAAGCAAAUUUUGGAGCCUUUGAUGAACCUGGAGGUCACCGUGACUAGAGAUCACCUCAGCGCUGUCCUGGCAGACCUGGCACAGAGAAGAGGGAGCAUCCAGGAGAUCCAGACUCGUCAGGACAACAGAGUUGUUGUUGGGCUUGUUCCCUUAGCAGAGACCAUGGGUUAUUCAACUGUGCUUCGAACGCUAACAUCAGGCUCAGCUACGUUUACCUUAGAACUCUCUAAUUACCAAGCCAUGAAUCCUCAAGACCAAAGCACGCUGCUCAACCGAAGAAGUGGCUUGACCUGAGUGCUUCAGGGUCCUUGGGGAGAAGUUCAGGAGCACCUGCCUGUUCGUUUUUA